UUUUUUGAGAUAGUACUGUAACCAACAAAUAAACGUGCACUAAAUUCCAGGGUUUUGAAGUAACAGUAUCUGGGAGCCCAGUUUUAAGAGUCAAAUCUCCUCAACCUGUUGUUUCUGACGGAGAAGAGCCUGGUACAUCUGAAAUGGGUUUUGAAGUAACAGUAUCUGGGAGCCCAGUUUUAAGAGUCAAAUCUCCUCAACCUGUUGUUUCUGACGGAGAAGAGCCUGGUACAUCUGAAAUGGACGAUCUUACAGUUACCUCAGUACAAACUGGCGCUAACAUUGAAAACGCUGCAUUACCUGACACGCAAAAUCUAUUGAAUGCUGACGAGAAUUCUACAAUUACAGAAACAGUUAAUAAAGGCAAGGGAAGAGCUAAAUCGAAGCGCAAUUCUUCUGAUAAGAACAGGGAAUGCACUUUGUGCGGGAAUUUUGAUAGUAACUAUGUUAUGGUGUACAGCGAUUCCGCAAAGAACAAAUCAGAAACUGCUAAAACAACUUUUGAGAACAUACUUUACCUCCUCAAAGGUUACUUCCCAGGCGAAAUGAUGACUUUGUGCAGAAAAGAUUUUAGGUCAAUUAAUCAACUUCGUGCUCAAUACUCAAAGGUAGAAGAGAUGCGCGAGAAAUUGGGAGAUCUUAGUUGCAGUCCACUCAAGCGAAAACGAGAGGACACAGGAAAAUACGAUAUCAGACCUCAUACCCUUCGAAGCACCUCCACUAUGACAGAAGAUCAGUCGGCCCAGCCACAGCCUCUUCAGCAAGAAGAUUUGCUCCUAACGAUCAGUAGAUUGCUAAAAUUGGAGAGGAAGAGUAUGGUUUCUAAGCUACAGCCGUCAAUUUUAAGAGGAGCAAAGUCUGGAGAUAUAUUCCCCGGGUCCACGUAUAAUCAUCGGAGAAUUCUAGCAACAUCUCCGUUGGAUAUAACCAAAGACGUGCAGACGAAGAACUGUGACAUCAUAUACACGUUUUUGAGGAACCUCAUGGAUAAACCCGACGACACUGAAGACGGUGUCAACCACAGGAUUGGUAUCGCUGUUUCAGUAAUUAUGAAUCUCACUAACCAACAACUGAACAUCUACGCAGAUAAAUUAGGAGUUAUGAUGAUCGCUGCUGGUCUGCCAAACAGUGCAUUAGACAUCGUUGGCACAAUGGGAAUCACAUGCGGUAGUCAAACUGGUAGAGAAAUUAUUAAAGAUGCAGCGAAGGAUUCAAAGUCUCUGAUAUUAAAAGCGGUAGAAUUUAGCGGAACAAAACAUAAUACCGAAGAAAUUAAAAAAUUUCUGGAAAAAUUGGCAAAAGAGCCAUAUUUGUUUAUUGGGAGGAGCAAAAUGAGUCACCAGAUAAUUUAUAACGCGACGGGAGGAGUAAGUAUAGCAUAUGAGUGUGACGCUGAGUUGUUAGCUAAUGUGGACAACCCUUUGUCACCUGCUGUGGAUAUUGUAGGGGAUAACUUCAAUCGAAACAUUGGAAAUGAAAUAUGGGGAAAAUCAGUGCCAAUUGAUGUGUUUCACAUUGCUGGAAUACUGAGACAAGUAAGAGCGCUACCAACCCUUUCAUGGACUAAGCCCGAAAUUCCACUCGAGAAAUUGGAAGUAAGUCAUCUCUGCCCAUCGACUACUGAUUUAAAUCAGUUUUCUCUGGAUUCAGAAUAUCUUGUCAUGAUAGUAUUAGUAAACAGAGAUGACGAUCUAUCAGACUGUAAAGAAUGGAUAGAUACUCAUCUGCAUCAUCCACUAAGGGAAGUGAUGGACCAAGCGACCGUGACUGUACCUCUCGGGAUUAUACCGGAGAAUCAGACAAGUACUGCUGCCAAUGUGAAGAUUCUAAUGGAGUGUGAGCAGUAUAUGAACAAGUCAAAUCUGACAUAUUUUUAUGGUGACUAUCUUACACGGGAGAGGUUACAAGGAGCUAAGAUAAGCCUCUCUAGUGUGCCCGAUUUACAUCUGCACAAGACCGUGGAAGCAGAUGGAAACUUCCAUACACUUAUAACGUUGCUAACGUGUAUCAUGAAAAUGAUUCAUUCAGAGGAGAGCAAGCUUGACAGGGCGUCAUUUACGGGAGCCUGUUAUUCUUUGGGUAACUCAAAAGCAGCAACUACGAAGGUCAAGGCGAAUUACAGCAAAACUCGUAACGCUUUCAUUAUAUAUUAUCAAGCCGUACUACAUUCAGCUUGGUUGGAAAUGCUUAAUGAUUAUCCCGUGAUGAAGGAAGAAUUGGAGUCUGCUAAAAAAGAAGGGAAGGAAGCUUUUCUUACAAAAUUAAGGUUUAAUGUGAAGUUACUGUUAAAACGUAUCCUUCAGUUCAACAAAUCCCAAUGGGUCAGAAAUAGACCAUUACUAUCUUGCAGACAUUGUCAGCAAGAGUACAAUAAUAGAGGAUUACUGCAACUACAUUUAAGGGAUAAACAUCAAUUGAAGGAUGAGUCUGCAGCGGCCAUCAUCGAAGCGGACUUUAGCCACCUUUUCGAAAUCGAUGAACUGUUCAAUUAUGGAAGAUUAGUCGUAUAUUUAGGCUUGCUUUUAAGCAACUUAGAGAAGGCUAUUUCUUACGGAGAUGGUGAUCGCGAGACCCGGUGCUUGAAAUUGACCAUACCCAUCUUUCGAAGAAUGGGCAGAACCAAGUAUGCUCAGUCAAUGUUGAGACGGGUUGUAAUGAUCAAAAGCGUGCUCUCCGAAGCUGAUGCCUAUGAGUAUCGCCAUAAUACAACAAUUGGGCUUGGAGUAGGCCCAGGCAGGAGAAAGUCGGUAGACUACUACAUGGAGCUGCUCAAUAAUAUCCUGUCUAGAAUGAUCGGCAAAACUUUCACCCUUGAAACAUUGAUGAAGACAGCAAACGCUCUGGGGUACCUGCACACGAUCAAGAAGGUAGUGGAGGAGGAGAUUAGAGGGAUAAAAAGAAAGAAGAACAAAAGGAAGGAAGUCGGAGGUAUUUAUGAGAAAUUGCUCUAUAAUGUCAAAAACGGAGAGUUAUUUAAAUUUACUCCGAGCAGAAAGUCACCUGCCGGCCUCUCGAUAAAGAAGAACAUUCACUUUGACAACAGGAGCAAAAUAACGAUGACAAACUGGAUGUUGACAAGUUUGAUAAGAUAUCAGAACACGUACUACAAGAAUAAUACUCAUGCGGAAAUCGGAAUGAUUGAAACAAAUGAAGAUGAUGAGGAUAAGAAUGAUGAGGAAGAUAAGAUGAUGAGGAAGAGAAGACAGAAGAAGAAGAUGAAGACGUUUCGGAUAACGAAGAUGAUCUCUUACAGGAAGAGUUUCUUGUCCAAUUCGUUAACUUUGUAG